CCGGUCCGGGUCGACAUGUCGGACUUCGAGGUGACCCUGCAGCAGCUCAACGACCUGCUGACGGACGACGGCGGCUUUUACAGCUGGCCGACCAAACACUUCAACGAGGUCUACCCCCGGAUAUACGUCGGCAACGCGUUUGCGGCCACGAAUGCGAUGCGCCUGAAGCGUCUGGGCGUCACCCACAUCCUGAACGCCGCGGAGGGGAACUCCUUCAUGCACGUCAACACCGACGCCCAGUUCUACGCCGGCACGGGCAUCGUCUACCACGGCGUGCCCGCCAGCGACACCGACCACUUUGACCUCAGCGUCUACUUCGAGGAGGGCGCAGACUUCAUCGAGAAGGCGCUGGCGCACAAAAAUGGAAAAGGUAAAGUUUACGUCCAUUGCAGGGAGGGCUACAGCCGCUCCCCCACCCUGGUCAUCGCCUACCUCAUGCUUCGCCACAGCAUGGACGUCCACUCUGCCCUGGCGAUGGUGCGCCAGAAGAGGGAGAUCGGACCCAACGACGGCUUCCUGCGACAGCUCUGCUGUCUCAACCAGAGGCUGGCCACCGAGGGAAAGUUCUGGAACAAGUGA